AUGUCGGAACAGAGGCCACGCAGACAGGAGGAGUCCGGUUCGGGCUUCAAGGGUGCUCUCCAGGGUCUUGGAAUCUUCUUGUUGGCCCAAUUUGCCAUGAACCAGUACAUGGGAAAUAAGGACAAGACAGAUUCUACCAGCGUGAAUUCUGGUGGUAUUCCCGCUUUUGCCGAUCGCCCCGAUCCUAGCGAAGUCGCUGAACACAGUGCUCUCCCUGAAAAGAUCGCCCCAAUCUGGCCCUCCGACAGCGCUGUCGAUCUCAGCAUCUAUGUAACUCCCUCUAUCGUUGUGCCCAACUUCAAAUCACCGGACAGUACUCUUGUGCUGCAUGAGAAGAACUUCACACUUGGAAACUACAGUGACACUCGCGAAAUCGACACCACCAUCAAGGUUCCAAAGCAGGUCCAACAAAAUGGAACUCUCUGGGCUCACUUCUUUUUGGCUCGCACCGGAUACCCACUAGACCCCGCUGCUAAGGACUACAACACCGCUGAUGCGGUCCACUUCCUCCGACCUCUGAACCAGUACCUUCCCAAGAAGAAGGUCAAGAAGCUGAAGAAUCUACUGUCGACCCCCGAGGAGGAACACGAUCAGGAGGAAGAUAACACCCCGGAUGUUUCAACCAUGUCAUACUAUCAUCCCAACUUCACACUGUCCCUUAUCCCAGACUCCGGAAUUGUGAAUAUGGCCCAGAUGAACCCCGCCGCUCGCCAGUAUUUGCAGCUGGAACGGACCGGUGCUCGCGAUGCUAGUGGAAAGAAUGGAUGGUACUACCCGAUCGCUUUCUUUAACACUUUCUGGCAACUGAAGAGCCACAUGACCGAGCUAAACUCCACCGUUGAGACCCUGCCAUUGCACAUUACUCUCAACAACAUGGCCAAUUGGAAAUUUAACAUCAUCAGCAGUGUUGAUGAAGGUUCCAAGCAAAGUUCUCGCCAGGCCGCCUAUGGCAAUCCUGUUCCCGGCGGCGGAGAUGGUAACGAGUGGGAGAUGGUGAAGGAGAUUCUCUUGGACACGAACAUUUGGCUCCUCUCCAUUACCGGUGUCGUCACUGUCCUCCAUAUGUUGUUUGAGACUUUGGCCUUCAAGAACGAUAUUGCCCACUGGCGUAAGAAGAAGGAUGUUGUUGGCACCUCGGUUCGGACAAUCCUGGCAAACGUCUUCAUGCAGACUGUCAUCUUCCUCUACCUCAUGGACAAUAGCGACAACACCUCUUGGAUGAUCUUGGCCAGUCAAGGAUUUGGUAUCCUUCUGGAAUUCUGGAAGAUCACCAAGACUGUUGACGUUCGCUUGCGCCCGCCGCCAGCCAGCUCGUGGUUUUCAUUCUUGCCCUAUGUGAUUGUCUUUGAGGACAAGCAUAAGCUCAGUGAGACUGAGGAAAAGACCAAGGAGUACGAUGAAAUUGCCUUCCGCUACUUGUACAUUUUGGCUGUUCCACUUCUGCUCGCAUACGCUGCGUACAGCCUGGUCUACAACACUCACAAGUCCUGGUACUCAUACGUUAUCCAGACCUUGGUCGGCAGUGUUUACGCCUAUGGCUUCCUCAUGAUGGUCCCCAGUCUCUACAUCAACUACCGGUUGAAGUCUGUUGCCCACAUGCCCGGCAAGGCAUUGACUUACAAGUUCCUGAACACCUUCAUCGACGAUCUCUUCGCCUUCACCGUCAAGAUGCCCUGGCUCCACCGCCUGUCAACUCUUCGCGACGACGUCAUCUUCUUCGUCUGGCUCUACCAGGGCUGGAAGUACAAGGUUGACUACAAGCGUGUCAACGAAUUCGGCCAGGGAGGUGAUAGUGACGAGGAAGAGGAGAAGGAGGAACCUACUCCUGCUAUCGAGGGCGACAAGAAAGAAGUGGCUACUCAAUCAUCUUCCGACGCUGCUUCCAAGUCCAGCCAACCAAGCGGCCUGCUUGAUGCGGUCGAGCACUUGGAAGCUGAGAUAUACAGAUGCCAGUUUACUAGCCAAAACAAUCGCUUCAAACGCGUACGAGAGCGGCAUUCCGCAACCCGUGCUGGCCCGUCUCCUGAAGAUUCUGACCGCAAAAAACCACCUAGAUCAGGGCACAACUACAACGCUGAUCAAAAAUCUUUUCCUCAGGAGAGAAUCCCAUCGAAGAAUGUCACUCAAGUGGUGUGCUGCCUUGGGCCCAGCAAGAACAAACCGAGCCCCGCCACACAGGCUCUGUUACUGCGCUGGUUGAUUCUUGUAUAUGAUCUCUUCGAAGAAAGGACGCAUCUCGCGAGACUUUAUGCUGUUCUUUUCAAUUAUUUGGAUAUGAUUAGUUUGCGGAAACCACUGUGUCACCUUCUCUCGCUUAUCACAAGACGAAAACACGUCAAACCAUUCCGCAUUCAAGCCUUGAUGGAGCUGAUCCAGACUGCUGGUGGCGAAGACAGAGAGCUUAUCAGUCUCCUGAGAAUUUAUAAGAAUUAUUACCCCGAGAUCAUUCUCGGUGAAUUUGCGGGGCCGAGAAGGAAUGCUCUCUUCUUCAAACAUCCAGACCCCGAGUGGUCAAGCCACGUGAAGGUGCUUCAAGACCAGAAUAUAGAAAAAGUCAAGGCUGGCCAGGGAUCGAGUUUCCAAGUCGUUCAUCGGGGAACUGUGAAGAGAAGUAGGAUUGAAGUUGUCAUUCCGACUCUACAAACUUCACGUGUAUCUCAGAAACACACGUCUCUGGAGGAGCUUCGUGAUGUUGGCCAUUUUGUUGAUAAGCUUGACAAAAUUGAGCUACCAAACCAGAUCAUCUCAACUUUGGGGGAUGCGAUGGCUCAGAAGUACCUUCACCUGGUCCGACCUGAUCUUGCACAUCAUCGUUUAAAUGAAUGGCUGAGAAGUUUCCUGGGGGAUAAAUUGGAGACACUGCGCGAGGAUCAAGAUGAUGAGCCCGAAACAUUAUCAUAUGUGUUGGAAUUUGUUGUAGGAUAUGCAUCAUAUUCCAAGGAACUCCCAUCCUCGAUACGUUCUUUCUUGAAGUCCUAUCUGAAAAUAUGGAAUGGCAAGGAUAAUUGUGAUCACAUCUUCCAACUUCUCCAGCACACCUCAAUAGAGUCUUUCGAGUCUCUUUGGAGUGAAUUAUUGUCACCAUUGGAGUUGGCUGUGUUAGAUCAGAGUCUUCGUUCCAGGACAGGGUUGCUUGGGUUCUAUUCAGCAUUGAUCAACCAAUGGAGCGUGAAACUUCGGUCACAGGCAGAUAAGACAGAAGAAUCAGUCCAUCUGAGUCAAAUCAUCGUGCAUGCCGAGCUCUUAGCAUCUUCAAUUCUGGAGUUUUCGGUGGAGGACGAGGAUAAAAAGUCCAAACCAGCUACCAUUUCUGUGCUCGACUUCUACAGGACCCUUUCACAACUCUUUUCUCAUGCACCCCAAGACGGCCGAUUCCGUCUCACACUUCCGCACGCGCAAACCGUAUACACACUCGCCUUCACACCCAGUGUUGCUGUGAUUUCCACCCUCAACUCCAUCCUGGCCAUCUACAAAUCUGCAUUCGAGGCUUCUCUGAAUUCACAAGUUCUGCAAGCACAGAACUCCCCGGCUUAUGGUACAGAACUUGUUGGUCGGUUCAAUGGGUAUGUAAUGGACAUGUGUAAUGUGCUAUGGCGCAACCGUGCACUUAACACAGAAGACCCGAAUGCGCUAGGCUGUCUCGUCCCAGUACCGACCGCCACUGCUCUGGCAAACUAUAUCAAAGACUUGUCUGAGGCAGCCAGACACUAUGACCGUGAAAGUGCAUUCCAUCUUAAUCUUUCGUCGAUAUUCUCUCUCAGCCACCAUGCUGCAUUCUGCAACCUGUCUGCGGCUUGCUUUGCAGAUCUGGAAGAGGACCAGCAGGUUGCGGACCACCGCCCGAAAUUAAGAAAGCCAGUUACGCAGAAAGUGCUACAGGCACUGGAGAAGGAUGGUGGCGCUAAGAUUACAUGGCAGGAAUACCGUGUACAUAUGCUAGAUUGGUUGGAUGCGAUUGGAUGCCGGGGUACCGGCAUUCUAAUGAGAAGCACGAUGAAAGCUUUGCGCAAAGAGUAA